AUGGCCCACAUCAAAGAUGUCCCAUUACUGAUCGACCCAAGUCAACGAAGCAUCCAAGAACUUCUACUAAAAUAUGGCAUCCCGCCCAUUAUAGCGAAAGCUAGAGCACAAGUUGAAUUCAGAAACUUCAGCACAGGCGAACUUCAGGCCUGCUUUAGCAAAUUGCACCGGCACGAGGCGGACCUUAAGACUUUUGAAUUUGAUUCAACUUCAUCGUGGGCCGCAGGAUUUACAAGUCUUCUUAGAAGAAAAACGCAAGAAGUGGUAUGGCUGAAGCCUCAACUUGAGUUGUUAAGAGAGUCAGCGAUCAAGAAACUCGCUCUUUGCAUCAACGCUAAAGGCGAGUGGUCUCUGCGUGAGAACGCAUAUCUUGCCUUGUCUCAUGUCUGGGAAGAAGGCAUCCAAGCCGAUCCUCAGAACAGAGGAAUUCCGCUUGCACAUGUCCAGCAGAUCAUUGCACGAAUCCACGCGACAGGAGCAGAAUGGAUCUGGUUGGAUGGGCUGGCCAUUCCAGGUUCUAGUCGAUCAUUGACCUUGGAGGAGGAGGAGAUCAAGAUUGCCAUUAUCAACAAUCUCGAUGGUAUAUACAGACGAGCCGACUCAAUCAUUAUCUUCGAUGCGCUGGUCAUGCAGCUACAAUCGACUGAUCUCGUGGAUGUAGCCAUUUGUCUCUCGUGCGGAAAAUGGAUGAGAAGACUAUGGACUUUUCAAGAAAUCUACCUCUCCAGAAAGGCAGUAAUUUUGACGAAUAACGGGCUGGUGGAUUAUCUGACUAUGGCUGCUCGACUACGCUCCCUGAGUGGACUUGAUGAUGAAGUUCCACAAAUGUAUGCAUCAAUGUCAUGCAAGGAUCUCAUGGCUGUUCAAUCCAUGCACAAGAAUCCAGCAAAAUAUCAAGAACUUUACCUACAACUCGUUCGAGUUCUGGGCAUCGAUGGCAAAAAGCCUUCUUUGACCCAGCUGGCGAUGGCAUGUCAAGAUCGACGAACAGGAAAUGACAUCGACUAUGCUCGGGCAUUCUUCCCUGUUCUUGGAUUGACGUGGAAUAGUACAUUGAGUAGAGAAGAGGGAAUGGAGCUCAUUUACAGGGACCAGGAAUAUUUUUCGAAGCGAUUGUUGCUGAUGCAUGGCGUUCCGAGAUCUUCGGUCAACAAGGAAAAUCCAUCACCAAGGGACAGUAUCAUGGCAUUGGAAGUAGACUGCGAGGGUGCUUGCGAACUCUGCGCCUGUUUAAUUGGUAGCAAUGAGCGUCCAGAAACUAUGGAAGGAUUUCGACAGGCCAUUUCCACUAAAGAAGCCUACAUUCUAACGAACAACGAGCUGAACAUGGUGUCACGCAGUGGCCUUGCGUAUCGCGCAAUACUGGUAGAGCGAGAUACAGCUGUUGCCAACCUCAAUGAAGCCUGGGUCUACAUGGCCGUCGAGGUCGCGCCCAUACACAAAUCAUUGCCAGCGAAGCCCAAGUCUUGGCUACUCCUCCACGAAAGCCCAAUUUCGACACACGAACGUAGUGGGAAGGACUGGACUAAGAUUGCGCGGAUGUUAAGCGAUGAGGAUACUCUGCAUGGCGGUAAAACUCCUUUGCAUGAGGCUGCAGAAGCCGGGAUUCAAGAUUUGAUAACAGAGCUGCUCUCUGAAAAUGCAGCUUUACUCGAGGCACAAGACGAGAGAGGGUGGACGCCGUUACAUAAUGCAGCCUUUAGGGGGCAAGCAAGCUCUAUUCUCCUUCUCGUCCAACACGGUGCACCGGUUGACGCUCUUGACUCAUCUGAAAGAAGCCCGCUCAUGAUUGCGGCUGAUGAAGGCCACACCGAAGCCGUCAAGCAACUAUUAGACCUCGGUGCCGAUGUGAACUUAUCGAGCCAAAACGCCAAGUGUCCAUUGAACCAGGCAUUGCUCACAGAGCACGUGGAGGUUGUUCGGAUACUCCUCGAAGCCGGCGCAAACCCCAAUGGUCGAGAUAAAUUUGGGUAUGCUCCCAUGUUCAUUGCAUGUAGAAAUUUGGAAACGGCCAACCUUCUCAUCAGUGCCGGGGCAGAUCCAUCUGCUGACCUUGUCGGGGGUGCAACCAUAUUACACUUUGCCGCGCGUGCAGGUAACGUUAGCUUGAUCAAGCGUUUGCUUGAACUCGAUAUGCCUGUUGACCUCACCGAGGGCAAUGUACCGACCGGCAUCACGGCGUUGUACCGCGCAGUUGAAGAGCAAAAGCUGGAGGCUGUCGAAAUUCUUCUUCAGCAUGGCGCAAAUCCUAACCACGUUAUCCAGACAUGUUGGACUCCGGUGCUCCUCGCUGCUAAACUUGGAAACUAUGAAAUUACAAAGGUUUUAGUCAGGAAUGGCGCGGAUGCGCAAACAACAUGCCAGCCGGAGAAAUGGACCGCCUUGCAUGUCGCAUCUCAAGCAGGCCAUCGUUUGGUGGUGAGGUUACUGUUAGAUGCUGGCUGGGAUGUAAAUGCCCGAGAUGCUGCAGGAUUCACACCAUUGAAAUUAGCUGAGACGGCCGUACAUAGAGCGGUAGUGGAAGUUUUGAAGCAAGGCGGAGGUUUAUGA